AAAGCUACACGCCUACACCUCUUGUAUAAAUAGGACCAUUAAUUCUACAUUUUAAUUCAGCAAAUUCAUCAUCUUCUUCAAUUUCCUCUACUUUUGAAGUGAUAAUUAAGAAGAUGAAUAAAGUAACCUUAGCUUUUGCAACUACUCUCCUAGGAUUAUAUUACCUUAACACUAGUGUUUAUGCCUUUGUGGCUUCUGGGUGGCAACAGGCUCAUGCCACUUUCUACGGCGGUAGUGAUGCUUCCGGAACUAUGGGAGGAGCUUGUGGGUACGGAAACCUGUACUCUACUGGGUAUGGGACAAGCACUGCAGCUCUAAGUACAGCAUUGUUCAACAACGGUGCUUCUUGUGGUCAAUGCUACAGGCUCAUGUGUGACUAUAAAACGGAUCCAACUUGGUGUAAGAAGGGAACUUCUGUCACUAUUACUGCAACAAACUUCUGCCCUCCUAACUAUGCAUUGCCAAAUAAUGCUGGAGGUUGGUGUAACCCACCUCGCCAACACUUUGACAUGGCACAGCCUAUCUGGGAGAAGAUUGGUAUAUACAGAGGUGGAAUCAUUCCUGUCAUGUUUCAAAGGAUUCCUUGUGUGAAGCAAGGAGGAGUGAGAUUCAGUGUUAAUGGAAGGGACUACUUUGAGCUUGUACUAAUCAGCAAUGUUGGUGGAGCAGGAUCAAUCCAAUCUGUUUCGAUAAAGGGAUCAAAAACUAACUGGAUGGCGAUGUCAAGAAACUGGGGGGCUAACUGGCAGUCAUUAGCUUACCUUAAUGGACAAGCUCUCUCUUUUAGAGUGACUAUUACUGAUGGCCAAACACAAACUUUUAACAACGUAAUUCCUGCUAAUUGGAGGUUUGGUCAAACAUUUUCAAGUCCUAUACAAUUCAAGUAACGUCAUGGGGUGCGUGCAAAUGCAGAGAAUCCUUGAUACUUGAUAGGCAGAGGUGUGCUCAUUGCUAUUUUUCUGAUUGAAGCAGCCCGCCAAAUCUAUCAUUUUGUAAUAUAUUCUGUGGCUUUAUCAACUAGGAAAGCUAGCAACUAUAAUUACUCUGUUGCUCUCAUCAUAUACAUAUCUUUUCUAGUUUCUUUUGUUUUGUUUUGUUUUGUGUGAUCUUGUCUUACCAUACUUUUGUUAUACUUUCCGGGGAAUUUUCCGAUGGCUUUCUCAUGAUAAUCAUGAGUGAAAUGUCUCUAGACUUACAAAGUACCGGUAAUCUAAAAUUCACUCAAAUUUCAUA